UGGCGCCUGCUGGCCCUGGAGCAUGAAGACUUUUUAACAGUAGCAGAGUCUCUGAAGAAAGAGUUUGACAGCCCAGAAACCUCAGACCUGAAGUUCCGUGUGGAUGGGAAGUACAUCUAUGUGCACAAAGCUGUCCUGAAAAUCAGGUGUGAACACUUCAGAACCAUGUUCCAGUCAUACUGGAAUGAGGAUAUGAAGGAAGUGAUAGAGAUAGACCAAUUUUCUUAUCCUGUGUAUCGUGCCUUUCUUGAGUACUUGUAUACAGACAGUGUUGACCUUCCGCCUGAAGAUGCAAUAGGGCUUUUGGAUUUGGCUACUUCGUACUGUGAAAAUAGACUGAAAAAACUGUGCCAGCACAUUAUCAAGAGAGGAAUUACUGUGGAAAAUGCAUUUUCAUUGCUCUCUGCUGCUGUCAGAUAUGAUGCAGAGGACUUGGAGGAAUUCUGCUUUAAGUUCUGUGUCAAUCACCUGACAGAAGUGACACAAACUACAGCAUUUUGGCAGCUGGAUGGUCCCCUGCUAAAGGAAUUCAUUUCUAAAGCCAGUAAAUGUGGAGCCUUCAAGAACUGAGGUGAGGCUGUGAGUAGGGGGGCUGCUGGGGCUCCUUGCAGUUGCAGCAGGGUGUUGUAACUGUGGGGGU